CAGACACUCGGCAGCAUUGGCUGCAGCCUCACACGAGAGACGUGGAGCCAAAAUUACAAAAACUCGCCCCCCCCCCCCCCCCCCGCGCACGAAGCCCAGGUGAAGAAGCCUUCGGUCCAGUUCGUUGUGCACGAUCUUCGCGGCGUGUGCAAAUGAGUCAUCGCCGCUGCGUAUCACGUCACAGUCUUUUCGCGUCGUUCAAUCAGUGCGUCAAACAGUGCCUCGAACGCCAGUGAAAAUCUGCGGGAACUUCACCAUGACGGUGCGUUGGACGAGUAGUGUGCUGGUGCCAGUGGUAAUACUCGUCGCUUGGUCCAUUCCUUCCGCGUUCGGUUGCACUCGGAAAUGUGAUCGGUUCGAGUACUGUGACGAGAAUAGCAAUGCGUGCCGUAACUGUAGUGCGUUGUGCGAAAAGGACGAGUACUCCUGCUACCACAAGUGUCAAAACUUUCUGUUCAAGUCAUUGCGUCAAAAUAUCACCACCCUCCAGGAGAGUGUACUGACCAUGAAAACGAUCGUGCUAGUGUUUAGUGUUGUGACGUUCGUUCUUAUCUGCACCGCGCUCGCCCUUCUCAUCAAGAAGUAUGUCCACUGCAUUCGAGAGUUUUGCCGCUGGCGGCCACAAAACAAAAACACGACCACCCCACCGGUAGCCUAUACGCACGAAAAUCCCAACACGAAAAGUCCCAAGACGGUGCCGAAGAAUGGGGCAAACGGGCCAAAGCAAACGUCCACCAGCGUUAGCAUCUAUCCCGAAACGGAGGUAGAUCAUUCGGUACAGACUGGCACGACCUCGAUCAGCCAUCGCUAUCCGGCGGAAGAUUCGACCGAAAGCUACUCGUACGAUAAUGCGGCCUGCAAUGUGACGCCAACGAGCAACAAUCCGAUGCCGAAGUUUUGAGGUAAGAAUGGCGUCGUGUUGCAGCGGGAAAUUCAAGCCUAUGGCGGUCGAUACUUAAAAAUGAGAUUUUAAACCUCGGCUACAGGACAAAACGAAAAAAAAAACAACCUCGGAUGUACUAGAUCUGAUUUCAUCAAGUCUCCCUCCACAAGUAUUCUACAAGCUUCUCUUCUACGGGAAGGUAGAAUUCUAGUCUAGCUGUGAACCUCCGUUUUAUCAUUUUUAGCUCGUUGCUCGUGCUGUAUCAAGAUCGGUGAUUUUUUCUAUGCGGUUUUUGUGCAGCGGAAGAGUAUAUCUAGACUAUAAACGAAAGACCACGUCUCCUUAUUAGCCGAUACUAAGCUGGGCCUUAGCGCAUAAUUAGAUGUUAAGCAGACGGAGCAAAACCCCCGAUUCGUACUAGUAGCAAGUAUUAGGUGUGUUAGCAAACUCAUGUGUCCAUAAGCGGAUCGGAUGUACAUCACAGCAAAUAGGUUAAGCGUUCACAAAGCAACACUCUCAGACAACUAUGUCGGUAAAGGUUCAGUUUUAUAUAUAUCAGUAUUUGUCUCACGGUUUACCACCCAUAACUAGCUAAGGAAACCGAGUUCCGAUUCCGUGUCACACCACAAUCUAUGCUCAUCUUUGUCACACUCACUGUCCUACUGCGCGGCAGGAAAACGGACGCUACAAAAAUGCCGUCCAUCUAGAGCCUGGAGCCACAAAUGCCUACUAGAUCUAGAGCUAAGUUCAGAAAGCGGUAAUGCGAAGAUCUCGUGUCGAUGUGCAUAGCUACUUCGGUACAAGAUCAUUCCCCAUAACACUUAUUGUUUUUCUUUUAGUGGAAAUCAAAAGUGGAAAAUAGAGCUGUAAAACAUUACAA